AUGGAGGUAGAAAACGAAGCCAGCUGCUCCCCCAGCAGCGCGACAGCCUCAGGCGGGUCCAGAGAGUACAAGGUGGUAAUGCUGGGAGCAGGGGGAGUUGGUAAAAGCGCAAUGACAAUGCAGUUUAUUAGCCAUCAGUUCCCUGAUUACCAUGAUCCCACUAUUGAAGAUGCUUAUAAGACCCAGGUUAGGAUCGACAAUGAGCCAGCUUAUUUGGACAUCUUGGACACUGCUGGUCAGGCAGAGUUCACAGCCAUGCGGGAGCAGUACAUGCGAGGUGGGGAGGGCUUCAUCGUCUGCUACUCCGUCACCGACCGCCAAUCAUUCCAGGAGGCUGCCAAGUUUAAAGAGCUCAUUUUUCAGGUCCGUCACACCUACGAAAUACCCCUGGUGCUGGUGGGCAACAAAAUUGACCUGGAACAGUUCCGCCAGGUCUCUACAGAAGAAGGCUUGGGUCUGGCCCGAGAAUACAACUGUGCUUUUUUCGAGACCUCUGCAGCCCUCAGAUUCUGCAUUGAUGAUGCCUUUCAUGGUUUAGUGAGAGAAAUUCGCAAGAAGGAGUCCGUGCCAUCCCUGACAGGAAAGAAACUGAAGAGGAAAGACAGCUUGUGGAAGAAGUUAAAGGGCUCAUUGAAAAAGAAGAGAGAAAACCUGGCAUGCUAG